GCAUUAUCAUUGCACAAUGGUGUGAUAUGUAAUCAAUCAACCAGACUGACCGCAUUGGAUGGAACAGGAGGAAGUUGACAAUGCCGAUGCCGAUUCGUCCCUCGGUGACGAUGUCCAAAGCUCGACCGCCUCCAUCUCGUCCAGCAUCCUGGAGUAUCGGGCUAUCCAGGGCCGAACCUUUCACAGUGCCCGGCAUCCUACCGAGUACUUUACUCCCAAUGACGACCGGCAGCAAGAGUCUGUCGAUCUCACCCACCACUAUCUCACCGUGAUCUUGGAUGGCAAGCUCUUCCUCGCUCCCAUUUCAGAAGACCCGAAGAAAGUCCUUGAUAUUGGUACUGGAACAGGCAUCUGGGCUAUUGACUUUGCCGACAUGUACCCCGGAGCCGAAGUGAUCGGCACCGACUUGUCACCCAUGCAGCCGACCUGGGUCCCGCCCAAUAUGAUUUUCGAAAUCGAUGAUGCCACCCUUCCCUGGACCUGGUCACCGAAUACAUUCGAUUUCGUGCACAUACGCUACCUCUUCGGCACUACGAAAGAUUGGACCGCCCUGUUCAAGCAGGCUUAUCGUGUCCUCCAACCCGGCAGCUGGCUCCAGUCGGGUGAAAUCGAUGUCGACUUCAAGAGCGAUGAUGGAACUACCGAUGACGUACCUGGCUUGGCCACAUGGGGAAAGCUAUUCGCAGAAGCCGGCAAAGUGAUGGGCACCACCUUCUACGUGGUUGCCGCAGAUCAGCAGAGGAAAAGCAUGGAAGAGGCCGGUUUCACUGACAUCAACGUCGCGACUUUCAAGGUUCCCGUGGGAGGAUGGGCUCUGGACCCCAAGCUCGCCGAAGUUGGGCGCAUCGUCCACGCUACGCUGGAGAACGACAUGGAAGGCUACACCCUGAUGCUGUGGCACAACGUCCUCCAGUGGCCGAAGGACGAGUACCAGAUCUUCCUCAUGGAGUUCCGGAAGGCCAUCCGGAACAAGAGAGUCCACGGCUACAUGACGCUCCGCUACGUCUACGGACGGAAGCCAGAGUAGACUUUGUCGCGCUCUGCUCAUUUUUGCCCUGAUUACUUACGGUUUUUGCGGAUUGAUUCAGUUGCGUCGUUGGAGAAUUGGGUCCGGCUGGUCGUUGAAGAAACAAAGGGGAUUCUUUUCUUGUCUUUUCUUUCCAAACUUGGCAGCACCAUGUAUGCUGUGAAAUUUUUUUCUCUUCAACUUGGCGGUUUGCGCUUUUCUUCUUGAGUAGGCAAUCUACAGUUAGCUAUGCGCGCGCAACCUAUUACUGCGAUACGAAAUUUCUAGAAAUUUUCUACAUAUUGGCUCGCACCUU